UCUUUCAUUGGGAAGUUCUCUUCAUAAACUUUUGGCUGAGAACCAUCCCAGCCUGGUCUAGGGGGACAGAUGAACAGAGAACACCAGUGCAUCAGUACCUGUGUUUGUGUGGUGAAAGAGAGGAAACAUUAACAUCAGGAAAUGGCAGAAGCAGCUUUUCACCCCCCAAGAAGGAAGAGAAGAGUUUUUGAGUCCUACGAGGGUCCCUUCCCUGUGGAUGUGGGUGGGAAGGAUUUCAGAAUGUGCCAGGCUGAAAUCAUCAACAACCACGUGAUUGUGAGGAACCCGGAGGACAUUGAACAGCUCUAUAACAAGGGCUAUUUUGGGAAAGGAAUCCUUUCAAGAAGUCGGCCGGUGUUCAGCAUUUCAGACCCCCUGCUGGUUGCUAAGUGGCAAGGUGUCAACACAAACAUGCCUAUAAUUACAUCUCAAAAGUACCAGCGCCGUGUUCAGUGGGCCAGGAGUGUUCUGCAAGAGCAAGGCUUCGAUGACUGCUCAGUUACCCAGAUCCUCGAAAAUUACACCAAACCUCUGGAGCCGACGGAGCCUGGAGCUGAACAAACUGUGAAUAACAGGAUGGGCCCAAAUACAGAAAACACUGAACCUUCCAGCCAGUCUGGUGCAGAUCCUGGCAGUGCAGGAGCCCUGAGUGCUGAGGAUCAGAAUGGGGGCUCCGGGAAAGCCUGUUUGGAAGGAGGUGCAGGGCUGAGCCCUGUGUGUGGCUGUGAGCAGCAGGAACAAGGUGACUCCAGAGGGCUGCAGGAAGGGUCCUGCCAGAAGGGUGGUGCUGCUGUGCUCGGUGGCUGUGAGGGCAAGCAGAGCCCUGAGCAGAGGGCUGGGCAGGGGGGCGAGGCAAAGCAAAAUGCUCCAGAAUAUGUGUUGGUGCAAGAGGAAGAAGAAGGGAGCUCAUGUCCUGAAGAUGACUCUGCCUGUUUACAAGGAAAUCUUGUCAAAAAGGAGAAACUGGUGUGCAGAAAAAAUCCAUUUAGGAUUUUUGAAUAUUUACAGCUCAGUUUGGAAGAGGCUUUUUUCUUGGUCUAUGCUCUGGGAUGUUUAAGUGUUUAUUAUGGUGAGGAGCCCCUGAGCAUCCUGAAGCUGUGGCAGGUGUUCAGCGAGGUGAAGCCCGAUUUCAAGACCACCUACAUGGCCUAUCACUAUUUCCGUAGCCGGGGCUGGGUGCCCAAGGUGGGGCUCAAGUACGGGACCGACCUGCUGCUGUAUCGAAAAGGCCCCCCCUUCUAUCAUGCCAGUUACUCUGUCCUGGCUGAACUGGUGGAUGAUGAUUUCCAGGGAUCUCUGCGCAGACCUCUCAGCUGGAUGUCCCUGUCUGGGCUCAACAGGACAACUGCUAAUGCUUCCAAGGAGCUGAUGCUCUGCUAUUUGAUUAAACCCUCUGACAUGACUGCAGAGGAGAUGUCGAGCCCAGAGUGUAUGAAGAGGAUCAAAGUCCAGGAGCUGAUUGUCAGUCGUUGGGUUUCUUCCCGUGAGCGCAGUGAGCAAGAUGAAGCCUGACUGACUGCACAGGAAAAACUCGCUUUUUUAAACCCACUUGGUGUUUUUUCCCUGAUCCCACGAUGACCCAUUGCCUCAGAACAGCUCCUGUCAACACACACAGCUGGUUUGUGUCAGUGCUGUUUGAAGUGAGGUGUGUCGUGUGUAAAUGUUGUACUGGAAAACAUCACUGAGCUACAGUGAUGCUCGUGAGGGGGAGGAAAAAUUCAAGCUGUGUUCCAGUUCAAAACAGAAAAUGAAAAUAAAACAUGAAAGUAUAAAA